UCACCGUCUGAGAGCCACAGUGAGUUUAUAGAAAGAGAAGAGAGCUUUCUCUCUCUACGCAGCUCUUCCACUCCACUCUCUCUCUUCAGAUUCGUACUGUCAAACACCAACGACCCUACGAACCAAUUCUGAGUUGAUCAGACGACAGUGUGUGUGAGUGAGUGGGAGAUAAUGGUGAAGAAAUGUAGGGGAGUUGCAGAGAUUUCAGUCAUGGAGCUCGACCUCAGGACUACCAGAGCCGCCCAGCCUGAUUUGGAUGAUGACGAUUUGCCCGCUUCCACCUCCAACAAGAGGAAGAUUACGGCCGGAACAGAUCUGUUUCAGUUUUCCACCGCCACGACGUCGUUUCUCAAGCUCCGUAGCCGGAGACGACGCCGGAUUCUUUUGCCGGAGAAUUCGGUUGCUACGGCUCCGCCGGAGACGACUGUCCUUCGCCAGCCGAGGACGAGCUCUACCACUCCUUGCUCAGAUGAUGAUGCGUCCGCUAUCUGUUGCUCCAGUAGUAACGGCUGCAGCGAGGUUGUUGAGGAGAGUCGCGUGAUCAAGUUCGUGGAUCUGGAGGAUGAGAAUAAUGAUGAACUUGGAGUGCGAGCGUACGAAAAUCGCAGUCGAGAAAGUUUGCGAAUACAGUCUCAUAAAGCUUCAGUACUCCGUUCUUCCUUUCCAUCUUCUUGUAGGAGAGAGACCACUCCGUCUAGCAAAUUUCGGUCAGCGCAGUCCGACGACAUGGAGUCUCCGGCAGGGAAAAGCGAGGCAACUUCUGGUGAUACAUCGUCUUUGUCAGUAGCGAAGAUGCCGACAGAAUCCGAUCUCGAAGAAUUCUUCAUAUCCGCUGAGAAAAACCUCCAGAAAUGCUUCGCAGAGAAGUACAACUACGACAUUGUUGAGGACGUUCCCUUGGAAGGACGUUACGAAUGGAUUCGAUUAAAGCCAUAACAGAAGACAAAAUCAAGAAAAUAGAACCAUUCUGAUCUCUCCUUAGCCUCGUAUAUUAGCUUAAUCCUCCAUUAGAGCGUACGUACUAAUUCAAUCCUUCCUUCUUUGUAGACUUCCCUCUCCUUCUCUCUUUUUUCCUUUUCUGAUUGUACAGUUAGCGCUCUCUCGUUAAUUUGUUCUUCGUACGGGUUAUACGGAGAGAGACGCUUCUGCAGAAAAAGAGAAAUUGUAAAUUCCUUAGCGGAUUAGGAAGAAUUUGAUCCAAAAAAGAAAAGAAGAGAAAAAUCUUAUUCGAGAAGAUGAGCAUCUAAAAUUCGUCAGUUUGCUA